GCUUCAGCGGAUGUUACAGUGCAUGCGCAGCUUCCCAAUGCGCAUGCUCAGUCGCAGUAAGGCUGUACAACAGAGCGGAUUCUCCCGCUACCUCCCGCCGCUGGUCUGUCAGGGGCUUCCCGCGCUGCUGCCUUGCUAUCCGUGAAUAAACCUACGGAUAGUUUAUUACAGGAUUGGUUACAAACAUUGUCUUUGGCAUAAGAUCUAGGGUACCAACUGAUCUGGGGGUUGUCCAGCUGCGUUAACUGAGGCACAUGGAAGGUCAAGUGACUUGCCCAAGGUCACUUGAUAGAAAUAGUGGCUCAGCGGUGACUGGAACCCAAGAUCUUCCUGCAGAGAAAUGCAGGCUGUAGAUCAGGGAUGGGAAGCAUCAUCUGUCUGACUCAGAUGGAUUUGCCAAGACCAGCUGUAAGCGAUGUCCAGUGACCCUCCCCCACCCUACCCAGGGGGACCUUCUGCACCGCUAAUAGAAGAGAAGAAUGGCCCACCCCCCAUGUCGGACAGAGUCUCCACUGCUGGAGUCCAGCCCUACGGGAUGCCUGUGCCCCCUUCAGAUUUUGGGCCACCCCCGUACGAGCCACCCCUGCAGCCAGGCUACAUCCCCCCUCCCGUUUCUGCAGAUGGCUCUGUGCCCUACAUGCCCCAUGGUUAUUAUCCACCCCCAGGACCUCACCCUCCCAUGGGCUAUUACCCGGCUGCGGGACAUUACCCCUCUCCUGGUGGCCACACAGCAACUGUCAUUGUACCAUCGGGGGCUGCAACCACGGUCACCGUGCUGCAAGGGGAAAUAUUCCAGGGCAGCCCCGUGCAGACGGUGUGUCCUCACUGCCAGCAGGCCAUCACCACUGCGAUCACACAUGAGAUAGGGCUCAUGAACUUCCUCCUCGGCUUCUUCUGCUGCUUUGUUGGAUGUGAUCUGGGCUGCUGCUUCAUUCCAUGUCUAAUAGACGACUUCAAGGAUGUGACCCACACUUGUCCCAACUGCAAAGCCUACAUCUACACGUACAAGCGCAUGUGCUAACAGCACCCCUGGGAGCCUCACCUGCUGGAAUGAUGUCAGCCCCUCCUCCACGCCGAUCUACACGUGCAGAAUGCUCCUUUGCUUAGCCCUUCAUGGGUAGUGUGUGUUUAUGUCCCCUUCCAUUUUAAAGAGCUUCAAAUGCUGUAGUAGAGCGACGGUACUCACACACUGACAAGGAAGCUGUAGGCCCACACUGCAAACAGCUAGAGCUGGUGUAUAGAUGUGAGCUCUGACAGGUAGCUGGGCUAGGCUAUGAGAUUGAAUAGCUGCAACACUCACCUUGCUGUUCCAGCCGUCCCCUCUCGUUCUCAUCCUUGCAGCUGUUUGCAGAGGGCUUAGAACUAGGAUUGCAAAUGAGGCAUCAGACUGCACAGAAGACUUUUCCUUCCUGGAUUAUGUCUGCCCAUCAGAGCCACCUCUGUUGGUUUGUCCUACCUCACUUUCCUGCAUCCCCCCCAUCAGUCUCUGAUGGUAGCCAUUGUUAAAGGAGACAGUGAUGUAAGGCAGACAUCCUUCAACAGGCAGCAUGUAGGGACAGCCAUUCCAAUGGGCUCUUGCCCAGUUAGUGAUAGACUGAGCCAUUGCAAUAGGGGGGCGCUUUCCUUCUGCUCCAUGAUGGCAGCUCGCUUAUUUCUCUAGAAGCUGUGAAUACAUCUUCUCCCACAGGACUGUGGGCUGUUGGGGUACUCUUGUGCUCACCAACUCGGUCUCUCUCUUUUUUUUUUUUUUUUAAAGCAGACAGAUCCUGUAGUUGUUUAGUUGAGUGUUACAGUUCUCUACAAACCACAAAUUCAAAGUAAGCACAUCCGUCCAUCCCCAGGAAAUGCAGUGCUUCUGACUGUUUGCUUUCUUUGGACACCUAGACUCACUCAGUUUCUCUGCUUUGUCUGUAGGCUAGCAGCGAGGGGGUGCAUGUUGCUGGACAAGGAUGGGCCUUCGUCCUUGGACUACAUGGUGUGAAAGGGAAGGUUUUAUUUUAGGGCCAGUGUUCGUUUAGUUCUGUAUGUUGUGCUUUUACAUCUGGCUGUGCAAUACAGCUGAGUAAAGCUAAUGCUUGUUUCCUGCCUUGGAGCCCAGCCCGCUCUGCCUUGCACUGAAGGAUAUGGGGAAGCAUCAGCUCUGUUUAGUUUGCAGGUGGCCAGGGCAUGUUUUCAGGGGUGUGGUUCUGUUUCUUUUGAAGUGCUUUGGGAUCUUGGAGCCUCAGGUGUCAGUCGCAGGCUGCAUUUCCCUAGGUCUGGCUCUUCCAUAGGUGUAAUGGCUCCUGUAGCCCCAGGGUGAUUACAUGCAGCAGCCCAGAGGCAGUGGGUUACAGAGGGCAUCUGCCACCAUUUGAGGCACAGAUGAAGAGACAGGCCUUUACUUGCAGUGCGGGUGCAGGUAUUAACCUACCAAUUCUGUAUGGAAAUUGGCAGCUACUAGAAAUUCCCAUCCUCUGUUGUCUUGAGAAACUUCCCUUACAAAGCCAGGGAAGGGGAAUGGAGUCUGCUGGAAUCAUGAAACCACUUUUACCCUUUGGGUGCUGUAGACCCUACCAUAUGCCUCUGGCAUUAGGAACAGAGCCUGUGUCACCAAGGGAUGCGAAAGCUCAGCCUGUGGGAGGCGGUGAGGGUUGGUUCUCUCUGGAACCCAGCAUUAAGUAGCGGUUUUUUCCCUGCUCCCUCACCCCCAAAUCAAGCAUGCAAAGAGAGCUAGAAGAAUGGGCCUUAUCUUGUUCCCAUUCAUUCAGUGGAAUUCAGGAGAUUCGAGGCUCCAAGCUCCCAGGUGGACUAGCUGGAGCUGUCUGUCUAGCGUGAAAUAAUAGAAACCAUGUGUGCAUCUGCCUUUCCUUUGCCUUGACUUUCUAAUAAGCUUUUACCUGGGACUCAGUGGUGUAGCCAUUAGCCUUUGUCACCAGAGACCUGGGUUCAUGUCAGUGGCCAAUCACAAGUGCAAUGGGCUUGGUGACCUCACUGAAUGUCUUAUCCAAAUCCAUUAGCAAGUCGGCAGUGUCCAGUCAAGAGCACUCCCCUAUCAGAGUAAGAGGUGGGGAAACCUGUGGAGUCCCCACACUCGUCUGCCUUCAUCACCCUCAGCUCUAGCUGAUGCUGUCAGCCUCCCUCCUGCCUCCUACUGAAAGACCUGUCUAUUGAACUUGUGCAGUGCAGUGAAAGGGAAAGUGUAUGAUUCUAGCCAUUUCUGGCUAUGCCAGUCUUGCACUACUCUCUUCCUCGGCGUGUAGGGAAAGUGUAUGAUUCUAGCCAUUUCUGGCUAUGCCAGUCUUACACUACUCUCUUCCUCGGCGUGUAGAUUUGCAUCAUAUGCCUUGUUCUUAUUUUGUUCUGUUCAAUGUUUGGUGGAUAGAAAAACUGGUGAAUCUCCCUCAAUGCACUUUUUCACCAUGCUACCUAGGGCCCAACAUUUCAUUACUCCCCACUAAUAUGGCAAUGUGUCCAAGUGGGUAGAUAACUCAGCGCAGCACUGUAGGGGGCUUGUUUUUAUUUUAAUUUAUUAUUAAAAUGGCCACCAGCUUGUAACUAACUUACUGGAAAUGGGAAUCCUCUACCCUCCAAGCCUAAUCAGUUUUUGCAUGAAAAUGAAGAGUCACUGCCUAGAAGUCCAUCACUAAUGGGUAUGGUAUGAAUUAGUCUAUGCAGGGGGUUGUAUUCUGGUUCCUUUUUUAUACUAGGAAGAAGAAAUGUAGAUUUUGGAAAGUUAAAACUAGCUGAUGAUAUUGGGAUGCUGAGCCCAAGGCUAUUCAGGGACCCUUUGCUGAAUCUCCAGUUUUCAGUGGCUAUGUACUUCAGUUUAUUCCAGCUGAUGUAAUCAUCUCUGGUUUGUGGCUCUUGAGUGCAUGCCAUCAAAACACAGUGAAGAUCUGCUCUUUCUCCGUUUGUCACCCUCCUCAUUAAACUAGCUCAGAUGUAUGCAUGGGGGGGCUCUAGCCCUCCAGGUCAUGAAUGUGAAAUGGUUGAUUUUGUUCUUAAAGCUGAUUGGUUAGAGAAAAACAGCCCAAAGUAUUGCCCUGAUUUUAAACUGCUCCAGUGCAAGUAAACAUUUUAAACCAACUGGAAGUCUUAAAAUGAACUCCUUGGGUUGUGGUUCAGGUAUCAGCUUUGAUGGCAGGAGUGAAUUAUUCUGUGCUUAAAAAAAGCAAACUGUUGGCGCUUUUACAUAAUGUUUGUAUAUAAAUAAAAGACAGCCUGA